UCUCUCGGGAGAGCUAGUCGAACUUUAGAGGACGCAGGGGUAGUGAGGUGUUCCUAAGGUUGACCAAUAAUUCUCAGACCGAAAUGGACAAGAUCAAAUUCAUAAACGUUCUCUUAGUUGGCAUAUUCCUCUUUGUGCCAGGCUCCUUAGCCACUUUUGCGUUACCAUCUCCUUGGGGCUACACCUGCAAUUCUGCCACUGGAAAGUGUGUCAAAGCAGAAAGGACAGGCAUAUCCAGCAGCAUUUCUUUAUCCAGGUGCAAACUGGCUUGUGGCAAAGAGGGCGUUUUGUGGCCUAAACCAACCUCUGUGAAUCUGGAUGGAGGCAUAACAGAGUUUUUGCCCAGCAAUGUCACGCUCAGUUUCACAGUCUCCACAGAGGAGGUGGAAAGGCUCUUGCAACAAGCAACUGGUAUCUUCAAGGAAAACUUGCAGAUGAAUCACCCAGAGUAUGUCAAUGGAAAGGCAUCAUGGGAGGGCUUCUACGACCCAGCAACUGUUGCUCAUGUGCUCCACCUUGACAUCACAGUAAGUGGAGUUGACACUAGGCUGAAACUGGAGACAGAUGAAUCUUAUUCAUUAUCCAUAGCUACUUCAGGGGCUCAGUCCACAGCCACCAUAAUUGCCGCUUCAUAUUUUGGUGCUCGACACGCCCUAGAGACACUCUCCCAACUAAUUGCCUACGAGGAGAACACCAAUGCUCUUUUGCUCGUCAGUAAAGCCACAAUUGGGGACUCUCCAGUCUUCCCAUACCGAGGUAUUCUACUUGACACAUCCCGUAACUUCUAUCCAGUGGAGGCUAUUGAACGCACCCUUGAUGCCAUGGCUGCUAACAAGCUAAAUACCUUCCACUGGCAUGUGACAGACUCCCACUCAUUUCCCAUCUACUUGGAAAACCUGCCGAAGAUGACUUACUAUGGUGCCUAUUCCUCUAGUCAGAUCUACCACCCAGCAGAUGUAAAGCACAUUGUGGAAUACGGGAGGGUCAGGGGAAUUCGCGUCUUACCAGAGCUCGACGCACCAGCUCAUGUUGGGAAUGGCUUUCAGUGGGGGCCUCAGCACGGACUUGGAAACUUAGCUGUCUGUGUUAAUGAGGAACCAUGGCAAUCCUUCUGUCUGGAACCCCCCUGUGGCCAACUGAAUCUAGCCAACGAGAAGAUGUAUGAGGUUUUGGGCCAGAUAUACAGAGAUUUGAUUAACCUCUUCCAACCCCUUGACCUGUUUCAUUUUGGAGGUGACGAAAUAAACCUCGCUUGUUGGAACAGCACCAAAGAAAUUAUGGAUUGGAUGAACGCAAAUGGAUUUGGGACCAGUGAGGAUGCUUACUAUGAGCAGUGGAGUAAGUUCCAAGAGAAGGCUCUGCAGCUGCUCACAAUAGCCAAUAACAAUGCUAAGAUUCCAGGAAUCCUUUGGACUUCCCACCUGACAGAGAAGGGCCGCGCUGACUUGUACCUCCCAAAGAAAGAUUAUAUCAUCCAGAUCUGGACAGAACAUAACGAUUCUGUCAUAGGAGAACUCCUCGAUAAGAAGUACAGGGUCAUCUUCAGUAAUUAUGACCACUGGUACUUGGAUUGUGGAGUUGGCGCCUGGAUUGGGGAGGGAAAUAACUGGUGUAGUCCAUAUAAAGGUUGGCAGACUGUUUAUGACAACUCUCCUAUUGAGAUUGCCAGGGCUUUAGCUUCCACACCUCUGGACACCUCUCUCAUUUUGGGUGGCGAAGCUGCUCUUUGGAGUGAACAAGCUGAUGCUGCUACUCUGGAUUCUAAGCUGUGGCCCCGUGGCUCUGCCCUAGCUGAGAGGCUCUGGUCCAACCCGAGCCACAACUGGGAGGCGGCACAAACCCGGCUGAUCCACCACCGACAGAGACUGGUCCAGAGAGGCAUCCAGGCAGAGCGAAUCCAGCCCGAGUGGUGCCACCAGAAUGAGGGACUCUGCAACGCCCGCAAGGAAUCGUAGUGAUGUCCUUCGAGAGGAUAGGGAUAUUUGGGUGGCUUUUUUUUAUUUAUCUUUUAAAAUGGUAAUCUAGUCAUGGAUAUUGCAUGCACGUGGAGUUGUGACACAAAAAUACAUAUUCAUAUAUAUAUA